CAGUAAACCCAACAUUUCACAUCAGCUCAUCCCCGUUUUUGCAGCUGCAGCUUCUUGGUUUCCGGCGACAGGCGCGGUGAGCAUGUCGGUGCUGGCUCUGCAGGAAUAUGAAUUCGAGAGACAGUUCAACGAGGACGAGGCCAUCCGAUGGAUGCAGGAGAACUGGAAGAAGUCCUUCCUGUUCUCUGCGCUGUACGCUGCCUGCAUCCUGGGAGGACGACAUGUGAUGAAGCAGAGGGAGAAGUUUGAGUUGAGGAAACCGCUGGUGCUUUGGUCUCUGACGCUCGCCGUCUUCAGUAUAUUCGGUGCCAUCCGUACGGGGAGUUACAUGAUGUACAUCCUGAUGACGAAAGGGCUCAAACAGUCGGUUUGUGACCAAAGCUUCUACAACGGGCCUGUCAGCAAGUUCUGGGCAUACGCAUUCGUCCUCAGUAAAGCACCUGAACUGGGUGACACGCUCUUCAUCGUCCUGCGGAAACAGAAGCUCAUCUUCCUGCACUGGUACCACCACAUCACCGUGCUGCUCUACUCCUGGUACUCCUACAAGGACAUGGUGGCCGGUGGCGGCUGGUUCAUGACCAUGAACUACCUGGUGCACGCCGUCAUGUACUCCUACUACGCUGUGCGGGCGGCCGGCUUCAAGGUGUCCCGCAAGUUUGCCAUGUUCAUCACGCUGACACAGAUCAUGCAGAUGCUGGUGGGCUGUGUGGUGAACUACCUGGUGUACUCGUGGAUGCAGCAGGGCCAAGAGUGCCCGUCCCAUGUGCAGAAUAUUGUCUGGUCCUCCCUCAUGUACCUCAGCUACUUUGUGCUCUUCGUCCAGUUCUUCUUCGAGGCUUACAUCGGCAAGACCAGAGCAUCAGCCAUGGCUGUCACCAAGAAGGGCCAAUAAUAUGACCACAUGUCUUCCCAUGCCAUAGACAGGACAGGACAGGACAGGACAGGACAGGACAGGACAGGACAGGGGAGGAGGGAGGUGCAGCGUAAAGGGAGUCAGGAGAGCAGGGACCAAUGACUUCGGGAAAGUUGGUGAAUGAAUGACUGGAAAGAUGAAGGGAAUGUGUGGAGGGAAAGAUGGAGGGGUGUGUGUGUGUGUGUGUGUGUGUGUGUGUGUGUGGUCAAUAUGGAGGCUGACGUUUGUGCUCGAGUAUUUGAACCAAUGUGCAUAUCCAAAAGGUCCUGGAUUGAGAUUAUCUUCUCAUCAAUGGGGCACUGAGAGAAAAGCGCCUCCACAGUGAGAAGCAGGGAGCGAGCGGCCCAUCUGAUGUCUCAGUGCCCCCCCCCCCCCCCGCCCCAUUCGAGUCACCGCAUUUACAUCUUUUUAAAGAGAAAUUUAACAAUAAAAAGACAGUUGGAACUGAUGGAGGAGUUGCAUCUGCCAAGAGCGUAAUGUUUACUUGACAAACACAAAGUUAAUUGGUACAUAUGAAGAUGGACAUUGGCCGUGCUGGUUUUAGCCAUCUGAGUGUGUUUUCUGUCUGUCUGUCUGUCUUCAAUGUUGUACGUUGUUCUGUUUUGAUGUGUCAACGAAAAUGUUUGAGACACUGGAGAGUGUGUGACGCUGCUAGGGGUUGGUGUGUACUGGCAGGGUGAACAGCACUGCGCCGUCUGUAUCUUACAUUGCAAAAUGCGAUAUUUUCUCAGGUCUUACGUUAUUUCUUUUUCUCAUAUAUAUAUGUGUAUAUAUAUAUAUAUCAGAAAAGCAGACAUGUUUGACAUCACUUCUGGUUUUGCAAUAUGUUUGAAAGGCAUCAGAAAUGGCUUCUUAGCUCAUCCAGAUAUUCAAAAACAGCUGACUGGAGGAGGAUGAGUCACAUGACCACCCCGCACAUGGCCAUGAUGGAGACGGAUGCUGACAGUGAGUCUGGUUCACCGUCUGUCACGACCGAGCAAAAGUCUCCAAUCACACCUGGGAAAUGAGCUGCCAUCAGUUUUCCAAAGACUUCUUUGUAAGAAAGGGUCCAGUUCCAGUUAGGAGGACCGGUCUCGUGCACAGAAAGCGUAAAUGGAUUUCAGAUGUUUGUGUUAUCUAAAAAAAACAUGCAAUUGUCAAAAAUUCGUUGUAAUAACUCUAAAUAACUUGUAUCAUUAAUGGUGUCUGUUGUGCUAUCGUGCAUUUGCACUGUAUCAAUGUAAAAAAAUUGCAGAGAAACUUAACAUAUGAACAAAGAAAAAAA